AUGGGCAGCAGGAGCUGGAACUGGGCUCUGGUCUGGGCCUCUGUGGCCUUGUUCACGGUAUGGCCAGCAGAGAGCCAGAGCCAGGUCGAAGAACUGAGCUCAGAACACCCAGAACUCACAGGAGAUGGUCAGAAAGUGUACAGUGCUCCCACAUCCUCGUCCACCUGGCACGUCACCUUCAUCCCGCCCAUGACUGUCUUCCCGACCAUGAGCCCCGCAAACCUGGCGCACAACGGGAGGGUGUGCAGCACAUGGGGUGACUUCCACUACAAGACCUUCGACGGUGACAUGUUCCACUUCCCCGGCCUCUGUAACUAUGUCUUCUCUUCACACUGUGGGGCCACCUAUGAGGACUUCAACAUCCAACUGCGUCGUGGUCUUGAGGGCUCCAGGCCUGUGGUCACUCAUGUGGUCCUCAGGGCCCAGGGGCUGGUGAUUGAGCUGGCCAAUGGCUCUGUCCUGGUGGACGGACAGCAGGUGGAGCUGCCCUACAGCCGUGCAGGUCUUCUGAUGGAGAAGACCGGUGGGUAUGUGAAGCUCAGCAUCCGGCUAGUCCUCACCUUCCUAUGGAAUGAAGACAGUGCUCUGCUGGAGCUGGACUCUAAAUAUACUAACCAGACGUGUGGGCUUUGCGGUGACUUCAAUGGGCUCCCAGGUGUCAACGAGUUCUACGCCCACAACACCAGGCUGACCCCUGUACAGUUUGGAAACCUGCAGAAGCUGGAUGGUCCUACUGAGCAGUGCCAGGACACCCUGCCCUCAGCGGUCAGCAAUUGCACAGAUAGGGAGGACAUCUGCCGCCGCAUCCUGCUUGGCCCUGCCUUUGCCGAGUGCAUUGCCCUGGUAGAUGUCAACAUGUACUUGGAUGCCUGUGUCCAGGAUCUGUGCCGCUGCCCCACAUGCCCAUGCGCCACUUUUGCUGAAUAUUCCCGCCAGUGUGCCCAUGCAGGAGGCCAUCCGCAGAACUGGAGGAGUCCUGAUCUCUGCAACUGGACAUGCCCCUUCAACAUGGAACACCAGGAGUGCAGCUCGCCCUGUGUGGAUACCUGCUCCAACCCCCAACGCUCUCAACUCUGCGAGGAUCACUGCAUGGAUGGCUGCUUCUGUCCCCCAGGCACUGUGCUGGAUGACAUCAGACACUUGGGCUGCCUGCCCCUGGAGCAGUGCCAUUGCACCCGUGGUGGGCACACGUAUGCCCCUGGAGAGUCCUUCAACACCAGUUGCAGCUCCUGCACCUGCUCUGGGGGGUUGUGGCAGUGCCAGGACCUGCCGUGCCCCGGCACCUGCUCUGUGCAAGGUGGGUCCCAUGUCUUCACCUAUGACGAGAAACUCUACAAUGUGCACGGGGACUGCAGCUACGUCCUGUCCAAGAAAUGUGCAGAUAGCGGCUUCACUGUGCUAGUCGAUCUGCGAAAGUGUGGACUGACAGACACUGAGAACUGCCUCAAAGCGGUUACACUCAACCUCAAUAGUGGGGACAUGGUCAUCCGGAUCCAGGCCAACGGUGCUGUGUUCCUGAACUCCAUCUUUACUCAGCUUCCCAUGUCAGCAGCCAAUGUCACCAUCUUCAGUCCAUCAUCCUUCUUCAUUGUGGUGCAGACUGGCAUGGGACUGCAGCUGCAGGUGCAGCUGGUGCCCGUCAUGCAGGUGUUUGUCAGGCUGGACCCCUCCUACCAUGGCCAGAUGUGUGGCCUGUGUGGUAACUUCAACCAGAACCAGGCUGAUGACUUCACAGCCCUCAGUGGGGUAGUGGAGGGCACAGGAGCCGCCUUCUCCAACACCUGGAAGACUCAAGCCUCCUGCCCCAAUUCCAAGAACACCUUUGAGGACCCUUGUUCGUACAGCGUGGAGACAGAGAACUAUGCCCAGAAGUGGUGUUCCAUGCUCACUGAAAGCUCAGGAGUCUUCUCGGCCUGCCAUGCCACCGUCAGCCCGGUGCCCUUCUACUCGAACUGCAUGUUUGACACGUGCAACUGUGAAAACAGUGAGGACUGCAUGUGUGCCGCCCUGUCCUCCUAUGUGCAUGCCUGUGCCGCCAAAGGCGUGCUGCUCAGUGGCUGGAGAGACAAUGUCUGCUUCAAGUACAUGAACAACUGUCCCAAAACCAAGAGCUACUCCUAUGCAGUGAGCACUUGCGAGCCUACCUGCCGCUCUCUGAGUGAAGCUGACGUCACCUGUGGUGUCUCCUUUGUGCCCGUGGAUGGCUGCACCUGCCCUGAAGGCACCUUCCUGAAUGACAAGGGUCACUGUGUGCGUGAUGAGGAGUGUCCCUGCUUCUUCCAUGGAACUGUGGUGGCCGCCAGAGAGUUCAUUAUGGACAAUGGGGUGGUGUGUUCAUGUGAAAAGGGGAAGCUGACCUGUCUUGGAGCCCUGAUGCAGAAGAACACAGAGUGCCAGGCACCUAUGGUAUAUCUGGACUGUAACAAUGCCUCAGUUGGUGACCAAGGAUCUGAAUGCCUCAGAAGCUGCCAAACACUGGAUGUGGAAUGUUUCAGCACACACUGCGUCUCUGGCUGUGUGUGUCCCUCAGGGCUAGUAGCAGACGGGAAUGGGGGCUGCAUUGCUGAGGAGGACUGCCCCUGCGUACACAAUGAGGCCACCUAUAGACCUGGGGAGAGCAUCCGGGUAGACUGCAAUAACUGUACCUGCAGGAACCGCCGGUGGGAGUGCACCAACCAACCUUGUAUGGGUGCAUGUGUGGGCUAUGGGGAUGGCCAUUUUGUUACCUUUGAUGGUGAACGCUACAUCUUUGAAGGCAGCUGCGAGUAUACCUUGGCUCAGGACUACUGCAGAGGCAACACCAGUACUGAUGGGACCUUUCGUAUUAUCACUGAGAAUGUCCCUUGUGGGACCACAGGAACCACAUGUUCCAAGACCAUCAAGAUCUUUGUGGAGAGCUACGAGCUGAUUCUUCAUGAGGGGAACUUCAAGGUGGUAGAGAGAGGGCCAAGUGGGGACCCUCCAUACAAGAUCAGAUACAUGGGCAUUUUUCUGGUCAUUGAGAUCCGCAGUGGGAUAGUCGUGUCCUGGGACAGGAAGACCAGUGUGUUUGUCCGACUGCAGCAGCAUUACAAGGGCAGGGUCUGUGGCUUGUGUGGGAACUUUGACGACAAUGCCAUCAAUGACUUCACCACACGCAGCCAGUCUGUGGUGAGUGAUGUUCUGGAGUUUGGAAACAGCUGGAAGUUCUCCCCAUCCUGCCCAGAUGCCCCAGUUCCCAAGGACCCCUGCACUGCCAACCCUUACCGCAAGUCCUGGGCCCAGAAAAAGUGCAGCAUCAUCAACAGCGCGACCUUUGCAGCCUGCCACUCCCAGGUUGACUCUACCAAGUACUACGAAGCUUGUGUGCAUGAUGUGUGUGCCUGUGACUCAGGGGGUGACUGCGAGUGUUUCUGCACUGCUGUGGCUGCCUAUGCCCAGGCCUGCCGUGAUGUGGGCGUGUGCUUGUCCUGGAGGACACCAGACAUCUGCCCUCUUUUCUGUGACUACUACAACCCUCAUGGGGAGUGUGAGUGGCAUUACCAGCCCUGUGGAGCCCCCUGUCUGAAGACCUGUCGAAACCCUGCUGGACGCUGCCUUGUUGACCUGCCAGGCCUGGAAGGCUGCUACCCACAAUGCCCACCCAGUCAGCCUUUCUUCAAUGAGGACCAGAUGAAGUGUGUGGCCCAGUGUGGAUGCUAUGAUGAUGAUGGAAACUACCACGAUAUUGGCACACAGGUCCCUACAGCAGAGAACUGCCAGAGUUGUCUCUGCACCCCUGAUGGCCUCAAGUGUGUUCACAACCUUACAGCCUGCAUAUGCACCUAUGAGGGCCAUACCUACCACUACGAUGAUGUUGUCUACAACACCACGGAUGGCCUUGGUGCAUGCUUAGUGGCCAUCUGCAAAGACAAUGGGACAAUCAUACGCACAACAGAAGAGUGCCCUGCAGUCUUGUCUACCACACCGUUCACAUUCACCAAUACUUUGGCACCCCAUACCACAACAGGCUCAGCUCCCACUGCAUCCACUGUGUCCACGGUGUGUGUCCGCGAGGUCUGCCGCUGGUCCAUUUGGUAUGAUGAAAGCCAUCCAGAGCCUGGCAUGACAGGUGGGGACUUUGAAACAUUUGAGAACCUGAGGCAGAAAGGGUACCAGGUGUGUCAAAGCCCUGCUGCCAUUGAGUGCCGUGCUGAGAAGUUCCCCAGCAUGGACUUACAGAAGCUGGGACAGAAGGUGAACUGUGACCCAUCCUGGGGGCUGAAAUGUCUUAACAGUGAGCAGAGUCCGCCACUCUGCUACAAUUACGAGCUGAGGGUUCUGUGCUGUGAUUACGUGCCCUGUAGUUCCACCCUGACGUCAGGCGCAAGCACCACUCACUCCCGACCAGAGAUCAGCAGAGAGUCCUCUUGGCCCACUCACAGUACUCAGAGGCCCACUCAGAGUACUCAGACAGCAUCCUCAGUGUCCAAGUCCACACCCUUGUGGACCACAGAAGGGAAAGAGACAUCUCUGGAUACAAUUCACAGCUCAAGACAAACAGUGACGUUCACCUCAAAAAGAAAGGCCACUUCACAUCUUAUUGGGUCCACAAACUCAGCCAGCAGCCUUGUCACAUCCAGCGCAACAUCAGUAUUCAACUCACAGACAGGGUCCACUUCAAGAGCCAGCACGGUCACACAGAUAAUCAGCAGCCCUGUGAUGUGCCGCAACAGGGACCAGAAAGGUGAUUUUGGGAUGUGCUACAACUACAUGAUCCGGGUGCUGUGCUGCAGUGUGAGCCAUUGCCAGGGAGUGACCACCACUGCGGGCUCACCCCCGACACCACAAACAGCCACCACUGCCAGUUCCAGGUCAAUCACACAUACUUCCUGGCCUGUGUCCAGCAUAUCCACCAUCACCAGCACCACAGAAUCUAUUUCAUCCCCUGGAAAAACCACCGUCCUCACCAUGGCUUCUUCCACAGCCACAACCACCCCCAGGGAGACUCAAACCUCAUCAUGGCUAUCCACUGGUCUCUCCCCAGCCCUUACAACUACAAGGACCACUUCCACAGGCUGUAAGUUUCAAUGCACCUGGACAGAUUGGCUGGACAGUGACAAACCUCAACCUGGCCAGUUUGGGGGAGAUAUUGAGACCUACUAUCAUAUUAGAAACAAGACAGGUAUCCAGGUAUGCAAGAAACCUGUGGACAUUGAAUGUGAAGCCAUCCUCUUCCCCAACAUGUCCUUCCAGCAGCUGGGCCAGGAGGUGGUGUGUAAUGUGGACUUUGGACUCAUCUGCAGGAAUAGCAAGCAGGCCAACAACCAAACCUGUUUCAACUACCAUAUCCGUGUGCUCUGCUGUGAGGAAGACAUGAGCUGUUUGAGCACAACGGGAGCACUGUCCACCACCUUCAGUCCAGUGACCGAAUCCCCUCAUACAGCAGCACCGCUGUUGUCCACUUCCACAGCAGCACCUGGAUCUCCCAGUACAGUCUCCAUAUCCACAAACAAGAGGCCAUCGGAGGAGCCAAUGGCCUCAACUUCACACACAACACUAAGGAGAAUCUCUUUCCCUAGGACAGACAGGGUUGUCUCCAUUGGCACAACUGGGACUACUGAGAGAUUGUCUGUCUCUAGUUUGUCAACAAGUUCAGCCUCUCCAACUACCUUCCUCCAAACGUCAAAAGAGCAACACUCAGGUAAACCAAACACAACUUCAUGGACAGCUUCCUCCAGCACUCCCAGCACUGCCAAGCUGACAACGUCCACUGGCAUCUCCACAGGGUUCUCUAGGACCAUAACCACACUCUGGAGUAGCUUGGCCCCUAGCACCCCAACCACACCUACCAGAUCCACUGAACCCAACUCUACCUUGAUGACAACAAAGAACCCUCCAACACUGAUCACAAGUCACACAUCCAACAGUCACACUAGAACCCAUAUCACCACAGCAACAAGCUUCUCAAAAACUCCACCUGGCUCUAGCUACACGGCCACUACUGUUACAUCCUCUACCAGGAGCACCCCACAUGUUUCAAGUGUCACGGAAAGUAGCAGCCCAGGAACGGUCUCCUCUAUCCAUACAACACUCACCACCAUGCCUAAAACAUUACAGCCAUCGACACCUGCUUUGACAACAAAGCAAACUUCCUCUACUGGAAUCUGGACCAGAAUACUUACUGGUACAGCUGGCACUACCUUUUCAAAACUUCCACCCACAAGCCUAACUACAGUCAUAGAAGAGCUGUCUACCAGUACACCAAGGAUACAGACGCUACCAGAAACCAUGACUACUGCCAGCACCAGCCAGGGCACAACCUACUGCCAGCCCAAGUGUACAUGGACAGAAUGGUUUGAUGUAGACUCACCAACCUCAGGGGUAAUAAGAGGAGACAUAGAGACCUAUGAAAACAUCAGAGCUUCUGGUAAGAAAAUGUGCCAGGCACCAGAAAAGAUUGAGUGCCGGGCAGAGAACUAUCCUGCAGUCAGCAUUGAUAAGGUUGGCCAAGUAGUAAGCUGCAGCCUGGAGACAGGGUUAGUCUGCAAAAAUGAGGACCAGACAGAUGAUUUCAAAAUGUGCUUCAACUAUAAUAUACGUGUGCUUUGCUGUGAUGACUAUAGCCAUUGCCCUAGCACAACGGCUGUUCCACAAACAUCUACCACAAACAAGCCUAAAGCAAGUAAUGAGGUCCCCACUAUGGCCACCAGUUCAUCAACAAGACAAAGACACUCCAUCAAAGCUACCACACCUUCAAAGACUUCAGACAGCCCGAUGACCACUGUUAUCCGUACAGGAUCCAUACCUUCCACACACUCAGUCAGUAGCCCUGUGACCUCUACCACCUGCCAACCCCAAUGUCAGUGGACAGGGUGGCUUGACACAGACUACCCCACUACCCUCAGGAACACUUCAGCUACUUCCACACCCACCAGUACUUCCAAAGAGAAUCAGUCCUCCUCUCUGGCAAGUACUAGGACUACGGUCAUCUCUACUCCACUCUCCAGUUCCACGGGCUGCAAACCUCAAUGUACCUGGUCAGAUUGGCUGGACCAUAGUUCACCCAUCCCUGGGAGUUCUGGAGGGGAAUUUGAGACCUAUGCCAACAUUAGAGCAGCUGGAAUUGCUAUAUGUGAAAAGCCCAUGGACUUAGAAUGUGAUGUUGUUGACCAGCCCCAUGUGCCUCAGCAGGGGUCGAAUCAGGUGAUCAACUGCAGUGUGAACUUUGGUCUGGUGUGCAGGAACCUGGACCAGCCGGGGCCCUUUAGUGUAUGCCUCAACUACCGCAUCCGUGUGCUUUGCUGUGAUGACUAUAGUCACUGCCCUAGUACCUUUUCCAGCACCAGAACGUCAGCACUACCCUGGUCUAUCCACACUCCUCUGAUCCCUUUCACAACCACAGUGGCUUCAAGCACUGAGUCCACCUUUCAGACCAAGCAUCCCUUCAGCUCCCCAGUGCCAAGUACCCAAGCAUCCACAUGGACCACACUUACUGACUCGGGCUGUGCACCUCGAUGCACAUGGACAGACUGGUUUGAUGCAGACUUCCCUAACCCUGGCCCCAGAGGCGGGGACUUUGAGGUCUAUGCAGUGCUACGUGAGGUUGGAUUUGUGUUCUGUGAGCAGCCCAAGGACAUCCAGUGCCGCUCUGAGAAGGAGCCAGACAGGCCCCUGGAAACUCUAGAGCAGGUGGUCCAGUGUGAUGUGCGAUUUGGGCUGAUAUGCAAGAAUAUCAACCAAUCGGGGCCUUUGCAAUAUUGUGACAACUACCAUGUGCGCCUCCUCUGCUGUGACAACACCACACACUGCACCACCCCACCCAUGGCCACCCCCUCCACUCUUCCUUCUACCUCUACCCUGUUGUCCACUCACACUUCCCCAAUCUCGAACACCAUGACCUCUCCCCCUGUGGCCACGAGCUCCACUGUGCCCCACUCCUCUUCCCUAGAGCCCACUCCCACCUCUCCAGUUCUGACCACCGCAACUUCACCUGGAGCCACGGGCCCUACUGCGGCCCCCUCCUCCACCACAGAGACCACCCACACCCCUGAACUUUCCCCCAGCAGUCAGGUGGCCUUCAGCAUGUCUACUGUUUCUCCCUUGGGCCUCAGUACCGUUAGGUCUACUGUCUUUUCCAGUCAAUCAGUUUCCCCGUCACCCUGUUUCUGCCAGGCAUUUGGACAGCUCUUCUUACCUGGAGAUGUCAUUUACAAUAAGACGGAUGGAGCUGGCUGCCAAUUCUACGCCACCUGCAACCAAAACUGUGAGCUUGACCGCUUCCAGGGUGCCUGUCCCUCCUCUUCACCUCCAGUGCCCUCUACCCAUGUGCCUUUGUCUACCCCACUUCCUGGCUGUGAUAAUGCCAGCCCUCCCCGGCAGGUGAAUGAGUCCUGGACCCUGGAGAACUGCACAGUGGCUAGGUGCCAGGGAAAUAACCAAAUCAUCCUCGAAGAGCCAGAGCCUGUGGACAAUGUCACCUGUGUCAACAAGCACUUGCCCAUCAAAGUGUGGGACCAGGAGCCUUGCCACUUCCACUUUGAGUGUGAAUGCUUCUGCAGUGGAUGGGGGCAGUCACACUACCUGACAUUUGAUGGCACCUCCUAUACUUUCCUGGACAACUGUACCUCGGUGCUCAUGAGAGAGAUCCAUCCUCGCCAUGGCAACCUGAGCAUCCUUGCUCACAGCUACUACUGUGGGGCUACCACCAAUGCCACCUUCUGUCCCCGUGCCCUCAGUGUGAACUACAACUCUAUGGAGAUUGUCCUCACCAUCACCACCACUGGCAGUGGGAAGAAGGAGAGCCUGGUCAUAUGGGACCAAAUGUUGAUAAGCUCAGGCUACACUAAGAAUGGUGUGACAGUGUCCUUGAGCGGCACCACCACAAUGAGUGUUAACAUUUCCACCAUUGGCACCAGCAUCACCUUUGAUGGACACAUCUUCCAGAUAUGGUUACCCUACAGAUACUUCAGCAACAAUACUGAGGGCCAGUGUGGUACCUGCACCAAUAGCCAGACAGAUGAUUGCCGCCGGCCAGAUGGCACCAUAGCUUCCAACUGCCAGGACAUGGCCAAAGACUGGCUGGUUCCCAGGAACAGCAACAACAGCUGCUUAGCUCAGCCUAGCCCUCCCCCAAGCACCACUUCCCAGCCCCCAGUAUCCAGCACAUCCACCUCUACCCCAUGUCCCACUGCACCCCUCUGUGAGCUGAUGCUGAGCCAGGUCUUCGCUGAGUGCCACAGGUUCAUCCCUCCAGAUACCUUCUUCAGUUCCUGUGUCAAUGACCACUGCAAUGCCAAUGUCACUGACAUGCUCUGUCAAAGCCUGGAGGCCUAUGCAACACUCUGCCGGGCCCGGGGUGUGUGCAUCAACUGGCGCAAUGCCACUGAAGGGCUAUGUGACCUCUCCUGUCCACCCACUAAGGAAUACAGGCCUUGUGGACCCCUGCAUCCAGCAUCCUGCAGCUCCAGGACCCUGAGUGUUUCAACUGAGAUGCAGGCAGAGGGCUGCUUCUGCCCUGAGAAUCAGCUCCUCUUCAACUCCCGCAUGGACAUCUGUGUGCAGGAGUGUCCCUGCGUGGGACCAGAUGGACUACCCAAGUUUCCGGGAGAACACUGGAUCAGCAACUGCCAGUCCUGCGUGUGUGACCCCAGCGCUGUGUCAGUACAGUGUGAGCCAGUGCAGUGUGAGAGCCAGGAGCUCCCACAGUGCACAAAACCUGGCUUUGUGACUAUGACCAGGCCCAAGGCUGACAAUCCAUGCUGCUCCGAGACAGUCUGUGUCUGCAAUACAACCACCUGCCCCAAGAGUCUGUCCAAGUGUGAGCCAGGGCACGAGCUGAUCCGCAUCUACGAGGAGGGCAGCUGCUGCCCCAACUCCAUCUGCAGACCCAUGAUGUGCACACACAAUGACACCCUCUAUGGGGUUGGUGCAAACUUCCCAGGGGAUGUUCCCUGCCAAACAUGCACCUGCUUCUCUGUGGGCAAUCAAGAACCAAAAGUAGAGUGUAGAGAGAUCCUUUGUACCACCUUCUGCCCCCAGGGCUUCAAGUACACACUGGUGCCGGGGCAGUGCUGUGGGGAGUGUGUACAGGAUGCCUGCUUCACACCAGAGGGCCAGACAGUGCAGCCCCAUGAAACCUGGGUGAACAGCCAUGUUGACAACUGCACAGUAUACCUCUGUAAGGCCGAGAAUGGAAUCCAUGUACUGACUCCACUCCCCAUGUCCUGCCCUGAUGUGUCCAACUGUAGGGGAACCCUAAGGAAAAUAGGUUGCUGUUACUCCUGUGAAAAAGAAGACUCAAGUACAUGUCAAGUGCGUGUAAGCACAACCAUCCUGCGGCAUAAGGGCUGUGAAACAGAGAUGGCAGUCAAUGUCACCUUCUGUGAGGGUUCCUGCUCUGGAACGUCCAAGUACUCCUUGGAGGCCCAGGCCAUGGAGCAUCAGUGCACCUGCUGUCAGGAGAGCAAGGUCCAUGACGUAGCUGUGGCCAUGCAGUGUCCCAACGGUACAGUCAUCCAGCACACCUAUACCCACGUCGAUGAGUGCAGCUGUGCCCUGGCCUGCAGUUCCCUGCCCAUGGCAUCCAUGAACACUCCCUAA